UCGGGUUGGGAUGUGGGAAAAAAGGCAGAAAAAUGGCUUGUUUUUCCCCAUCCCCGUCCUUCCCUCCUCCAUCCUCCCCUCAGGGUCCGGGAUUUUCCUCCCUCCGGUCCCAGGGAAAUGGGAAAAUGAUAAAAACAUCCCAACACACCCCGACCCCAAAAUCCACCCCGUUGUCCUUCUCCCUCGGGGGGGUUCCCUUCGGAUGUGUCGAACCCUUCAUUUCCAUUUAUUUUAGCAGGAUGGCAAAACACCGAAUAAAUGAAGCGGCAUGAGAUGCUGGUGGGGGCUCCAAAAUACAUAAAAAAUAAAGGGAAACGUAGCAGGAGGGAUCCCUGCUGGAAAUCGGACGUUUAUUCCGGCCAUCAGUUGUUCAGAACCUGCCAAAUCCACCCUUUUCCAACCUCUCCUCCUGGAAUAAUAAUAAAUUAAUAAAAAUUAAAUGAAUAUUUGGGAUCCUUACACACCUGCUGCUUCCUGAGGAGGGUGAGGAAGCGUGAGGGGAGCAACAGGAAUUUGCUUUUCCAUUAUUUUUGGAAAGGAAAGCAUCAAAUGCUCUUGCUAUAGCUGGGAAAACUCCAGUUUUUCCCCUAAGGCUCAGAGGAUAACGGGGAAUUGACGGGGUGAUUUAUCCUUUUUGGGCAGGAGGAGUGAUUGCUGAGGGGGUUUGGAGACGAUCUGAAAAAUCUGUGACAGGAUUCUCUGGAAGGAGAUUCCUAGACUCUGGGGAUGAGCACCCAGGGCUUGGUGCAUUGGGAAUGAGUUGUGUGGGUAAAAUUUGUGUGAAAAUUGAUUUUAGGCUCCAGAUCUCUCAGCAGAGCCUUGUCUGCAGAUGACAGAAACUUCUCCUUCCUGGGAGGCAUUUUAUCCCUUUUCUUAUUCCUUUAUUUAUUCCUUUUUAAGAAAUCUUUGCGUUUCUGUUUUCCCUUUCCACUUCUUCCUGCGUAUUAAUUUUUGGAAAAAAAAGGAAAAUUCUUGAGGCAGCAGGGCCAAAAGAUGGGAAUUUCCCGCAGGACUGCGGGGCAGAAGAAUGGACGGGUUUGUUCACCCCGUCUCACACCAUGAUCCAGCUUGGCCUUGCCAUUAGUUUAUUAGGGAAUAGUUACCCGUUAAAUUUCCAAUCCUGAUCCUUUCUUCUGUGUUCCCAGAGCCCGGCCAUGGAGCAAUACGUGGUGCUGGACCCGCGACAGAGAGCUCUGUAUCGCGACGUGAUGCAGGAGAGCUACGAGAUGCUGAUGGCACUGGAAUUCCCCGUUUCCAAGCCUGACCUGCUGUCCCGCCUGGACCACGGGGAGGAAGCGACAGCCCUGGAUCUCCACAUAUCCCAGGAUACCCCGGCUGCAGAGCAUGAAGCAGGAGCAGGGCAGGAAGCACCUCAGGAAAAACCCUCUGAGGAAAAGCCCAAAAUGGUCAAGGAGCACCCUCAGCUCCCCGCGAGCCGCAGCGAGAACCACGCCGCCAACACCUGCAGCGAGUGCGGAAAGAUCUUCAGCCACAAAUCAGCCCUGGUGAAGCACCGCAAAAUCCACAGCGGCGACCGCCCGCACGUGUGUCCCGACUGCGGCAAGGGCUUCAUCCAGCGCUCCGACCUCGCCAUCCACCGCCGCGUGCACACGGGCGAGCGGCCCUACGGCUGCCCCGAGUGCGGGCGCCGCUUCAGCGUCAGCUCCUCGCUGCUCGCGCACCGGCGCACGCACGCGCCCGGCGCCACGCGCUCCGACCGCUGCCCGCAGUGCGGCCGCGGCUUCGCCGACGCCGCGGCGCUGGCCCGGCACCAGAAGAGCCACGUGGGCGCGAAGCCCUUCGAGUGCGGCGUGUGCGGCAAGGCCUUCGCCUGGAGCUCCCACCUGGAGCGGCACCGCCGCGUCCACACCGGCGAGAAGCCCUUCCGGUGCGCCGAGUGCGGGCGAGCCUUCGCCUGGAGCUCGCACCUUGAUCGCCAUAUGCGCACCCACGCCACCGCCGUCGCCCCCGCGGAUGAGGAGGGUGUGGAGGCAGAAGAGGAGCCACCGCCAGCCCCGCGGAAAUGUGCCGAUUGUGGGAAGAGCCUCAACCACCAGACGGACCCACAGCGCUACAAGCACAAGGGCACGCAGACCCCGCUGGCCGGCAUUGGCCCCGCGCCGCGGCCCCACCGCUGCGAGCACUGUGGGAAGCGCUUCAGCCACAGCUCGGACCUGCUCAAGCACCGACGUGUGCACGGCUCCAAGCGGCUGCACUCCUGCCCGGACCACCCACGCCGCUUCCGCUGCGGCACGGCCCUGGUCAAGCAUCGGCGUGGCCACGAGCAGCCGCCCAACGACGCUGACAACGCCACGCCAGCAACGGAGGAAGCAGCCAAACCGUACCCGUGCGAGGCGUGCGGGAAGAGCUUCGGCUGGGUGUCGCACUUGGAGCGUCACCGCCGCGUGCACACCGGGGAGAAGCCGUUCCGCUGCGGGGAGUGCGGGCGCGGCUUCGCCGUGAGCUCCCACCUGGAGCGGCACCGGCGAGUUCACACGGGCGAGCGACCCUUCCGCUGCGGUGACUGCGGCAAGAGCUUCGCCGUCAGCUCCACGCUGCUGGCACACCUGCGCACCCACGGCGCCCAGCCCAGCCGACCCCACGCCUGCCCCGAGUGCGGGAAGGGCUUCAGCUCUUCGGCCGGGCUGGAGCGGCACCAGCGGCUGCACCGCGGUGAGAAGCCAUACCAGUGCGGGCUCUGCGGGAAGGGCUUCUCCUGGAGCUCCCACUACGACCGGCAUCGGCUCACGCACACGGGGGAGAAGCCCUUCUCCUGCGCCCACUGCGGGAAGCGCUUCGGCCGCAGCUCCCACCGCAACCGGCACCAACGCGCCCACGCCCAGCGUGGCCUCGAGGAGCGCCAUGUGUGCCCCGAUUGUGGCAAAGCCUUCGGCCUCAGCAAGGCCCUGGCGGCCCAUCAGCGCCUGCACAGUGCAGGCACCCGCAGCCCCCCGUCCCUGCUGCUGCCCGCAUGGUGGGAGGGUGAACAACCAGGGGGGACGGCCACAGCCCCUGAGCUCCGGCCUGAGGAGCCUGGCUCUGCUUUGCAGAAGCAUCCCAUGCCUUCCUCUGCAGUGCCCAGGGGCUGGGUGGCCAAAGCUCUCCUGCCCCUCACUGGGGCGUGGCGGCCUGGAGAGGGGGACACCCUGCAAAGCGAUGCCACAGCCCCACCAGAGCCCUGGGUGUCCCUUCCUCCUCCCAGCUCCUGAGGUGUGGCUGGGGUGCUCAGAGUCCCCCUCCACUUUUGGGGACGCCCCACAGCCAAGGUGGGAGGGUGGUCAGUGCUCCUGCCCCAGGAUGGGAAAGGUCUUGGGGGGCCAGGAUACCGCGGAAUGAGGGUCAGGGUGGGGAUGUGGGCUGAAGGGGUGGGAAGGGGGCACAUGGAGGGGCAGCCGUGCCUGCCAGGAGGGCUUUGGGCAGGGA